AUGUUCACCAUCAAGAACCUUUCUCUCAUGGCCGCCUUUGCCGGGCUCGCUGUUGCCAUGCCCACCCCCGCCGAGGACUCUAACCUGGUCGAACGCCAAUGGGGCGGACGACACUGGAAGCAGUCCGAGAACGUCGUCUGGGUCACCGUGACCGUCCCUGCCGGCGGCGCCGCGACCCCAACCCCGGCUCUUCAACAACAAGAAGAAGUUGUCACUGUCGCUGCUUCUGCCACCACCCCGGCCGCCGUCGUCGCCACCACCGCCGCAGCAUCCUCUCCCGCCGCCUCUUCUUCUUCAUCUGAUGAAUCCGGCUACAUGGCCGUGGUCUCCAAAUGGCGUGCUGCCGGUGGCUACCCUGCCCUGACCCGCGACAGCACUCUGGAGGCCAACGCUCUCAAAACCAGCACCAACAGCGUGGGCGGUCUGAUCCACGAAUUGAACCCCGGUUCCUUCGCCCAGGUCUUGGCCCCCGGCAGCCCAAGCAACUUUGAGAACGUCUAUGUUGGCGGCUGGCUCUGUGAGAUCCCUUCGCUUCCCGGUCUCGACGGCAUCUGCUCCACCGAGUCCAAGGGGUGGAGCUACGGCGGUCAGACCGGCCAUGCUUCCAUCCUCAGCUCCACCUCGUACUCCAAGAUUGGCUGUGCCAUUUCGACAAACACCAACGUUUGGGCUUGCGAUCUUGCUUAA